AUGCCUGUGUUCCCGUCUAAGCCAUUCCGCCGCACCCCGACAGCGUCGUCAUCGCUGGGGGAACGAUUAGGUGCCCUUUACAGAGCCAAUUUACCAAAACACCCAUUCCUUCUUUUCGGUCUCCCGUUCAUCACGAUUAUGGUAGCGGGAUCCUUUGUUCUUACUCCGGCCACUGCCCUAAGAUACGAACGGUAUGAUCGAAAGGUCCGACAACUGAGCCAAGAGGAAGCCCUGGAGCUAGGACUCAAGGGCGAAGACGGAGAAGAAGGGAUAAAGAGGAAUCCAAGAAGGCAUGUGAUUGGCAGUGAGAAGGACGAAUACUAUGUACGGCUUUCUUUCCCUUCGAUGCGCGAGUCCAACGAUUUAAAGGAGAGCCAGACGGGAGAUUAUGAUGAUAUCUGGACCAUUGAAAUGAGCGCCAGGGAACUUUUGUCUUUAUCUUUUUCCUCUUUGCAUCAGCUUGGAAAGAAAGCAGAUAUGAGGUCGGCAUCGGACAUAUGGGAUUGA